GCCCAGUGCCUUUCUUCAGCAGGGUCUCGGCACCUCUCUCUCUCCCUCUGUGAUCAGUGGGUGAGAGGGGGGAGACGCGCAACACACAGCGGAGAAUCCAGCGUGCGCCUCCGUCAUCAUCUCGUCGGCUCAUCCGUUCACCACACCGCCGGUCCUGGAUCCCGCCGCCUCGGUCCUGGAGACGCCUGAGUCUGCAGCAGCGCACGGUCGGCUUUAUUUCCAGCCUAUAUCUGAAUGACGGGCGGAAGGUUUGACUUCGACGACGGCGGCACUUACUGCGGGGGGUGGGAGGAUGGCAAAGCCCACGGACACGGCAUCUGCACCGGACCCAAGGGCCAGGGCGAGUACGCCGGGUCCUGGUCGCACGGCUUUGAGAUAGUGGGUGUAUACACCUGGCCCAGCGGGAAUACCUACAAGGGCUACUGGUCCCAGGGGAAGCGGCAUGGGCUCGGCGUGGAGAAUAAAGGCAAGUGGAUCUAUCGGGGAGAGUGGAGCCACGGGUUUAAGGGUCGAUACGGAAUCCGGCAGAGCCACAACACACCUGCGAGAUACGACGGCACUUGGAGCAACGGGCUGCAGGAUGGAUACGGGAUCGAGACCUACGGCGACGGCGGUACCUAUCAGGGCCAGUGGAUGGGCGGGAUGCGGCAUGGCUACGGUGUGCGUCAGAGCGUUCCUUAUGGCAUGGCCACCGUCAUACGCUCCCCUCUCCGUACGUCCAUGGCCUCCCUGCGCUCCGAGCAGAGCAACGGCACGGUGCUCCAGGACCUCUCCUCCCCCGCGGACACGCCAACCGGCACCCGCGGCGGCUUCGUCCUCAACUUCCACUCAGACAGCGAGGUUGUGACCGGCAAGAAGAAGGGCCUCUUCCGCCGGGGCUCGCUCUUUGGCAGCCUGCGACAGCUGCGCAAGUCUGACUCUCGGACCUCAAUCUCCAGCAAGCGCAGCUCAGCGAGAAGCGAUGCCACCAUGAGCCGCAUCAGCUCCAGUGACGCCAACUCUACCAUAUCCAUCGGUGACGGCGAGCUGCCGGACGAGGACCUACCUCUGGAGGACCAUGUGGACGCCACCACGACCGAAACCUACAUGGGGGAGUGGAAGAAUGAUAAGCGCAAUGGAUUUGGUGUAUCAGAGAGAUCCAACGGGAUGAAAUAUGAGGGAGAAUGGCUUAACAACAAGCGCCAUGGUUAUGGCUGCACGGUUUUCCCAGAUGGCACCAAAGAAGAGGGAAAGUACAAAAAUAACGUGCUGGUGCGUGGAAUAAGGAAGCAGUUGAUUCCUCUUAAGAACCCCAAAACCAAAGAGAAGGUGGAUCGUGCUGUGGAGGGGGCACAGAGGGCAGCGGCCAUUGCAAGGAGUAAAGUGGAAAUAGCAGCAUCCAGGACGGCCCAUGCCAGGACAAAAAGCGAGGCCGCAGAUCAGGCCGCGAUCUCCGCUGUGCACGACUCUGAAAUCGCCAGGGCAGUUGCGAGGGAGCUCUCCCCCAACUUCUACCAACCAGGACCUGAUUAUGUGAAACAACAGACAAAGGAGCCCGUGGAAAUUAAAGAGGUCCCUGUUGAGAAGAAGGAGGGCUCCCCGAAAGAUUCUCCCCACUUUUAUCGCAAAGGCACCACUCCCCCCCACUCCCCGGUGACCAGCCCUGGAACGACACCUCCUCCCUCGCCUCACUCCAGCAAGAAGAAAGGCCAGACCGCCAACAGCACGAGCCGCAAAACCAGCAAAGAAGAAAAACCUUCCCGCAAGAUCAGCAAAGAAGAGAAGUCCAGUCAAAAGCCCGGCAAGGAGGAGCGGUCGAGCAGGAAACUGAGUAAAGAAGAAAGGUCGUUCGUCCCCGACGGCCCCAAAAGUUCUCACGUACAUAUUGAAGCUCCACCUAAACCCAGUAAAGUCCAGCAGCCUGGCCCGGCACCGGCUCCUCCUCCCGCGCAACCUCCUGCAAUUCCAGUCAACGGCCAGCUCCACUCCGAGUACCACAGUUACUACGUCAAGGCCCCGACGAGGGUCGCCCCGCCUCCAGACCCCGACCCCGAGGAUAUAGACGAAGAGCCCAGUGCCCUGGCCCUGGCACGCAUGCCCCCGCAACCCCCCAAAUCUUUUAGUACACCUACUCCUAAGCCAGGCCCCUUACGGGACAGCAAGAGUGACCACAAACUCAGGAAGCAGGAUUCCCUAAAGCCAAAGAGCCUCGCAGACACAAAGAAAGCUAGCAUGGAGAUGGCAGACGGCACGGAAGAAACAGGUCCUAACUCAAUCCUUGUUGCCAUGGUAAUGCUGUUGAAUAUUGGCCUUGCAAUUAUAUUUGUCCAUUUUCUGACAUGAUGAUGCUGUUUCUCAGUGAAACCAUGGCAACCGGUACAGUUGCAUCGCCGGGCCUUGAAAAAUCAAAAAAAUGGCGCCAGUGAGACACGGAGGCGGCCACAGGUGUUUUAGGAAUCAGCAUGACACCGAAGAGAAUCAGGAGGAAGGCACCGCUACCACCGACCUGUCUUUGGCCUUCUUCGGGCCCAGCCCCGUGAAUUAGCACUCCUCUGGCUUCUCAGAACCAGAGGUGACAUGUCGUGUCUAGUGAGAUUUAAAAAAAAAAAAAAGAAAAAGAAUACAUAUAUAUAAAUAUAUAUACGUAUAUAUAAAUAAAAUGUUUAAAAAUGCAACCAAACCUACACAGUCUGAAAAGAGAAGUAAUUGUAACCCACACGUGGGCUGAUCCAAGCGCAGGUCUCUGUGGUCCAGUGCCGACGGACCUCGCUGGAAGAGUGUGGAGAUGCACUUUUAGAUGACGGGAGCAAACAGCUGCCUUUCUAUUUUGCCAUCUGACGUUUUGAUGGGGAGAUGUGAGCCCGGUCCUGGGGGGUGGGGUUGGAGGCGGGGGUGGAGGGAUCGCGGUGGGAGCACGCUCAAAGUGUUUGGAGCAGUUUUUCGAGGGUUCACACCACUCUUGAACGAGGGAAGCUGGGCCCGGCCGCCGCCAGCAGUCAGUGCUAGCACGGUCACUAGCCAGUCUUACUCUUAACCCAAACAUCUCUGCAGCUUUCUCGUGUUUCUCCAUUGUUAACCAGGAUACACUGCUUUGAAGCACUCCCCGUGCAUGGUACAGUUUAACACUUUGUGUGUGUUUUUGUUCUCUCUCUCUCUCUUUUUUUUUUUUGUUCUAUUUUAAGUUUUUGUUCGUUGUUCUUCUGAAUGUUCGUUACCUGCUUGUGGAAGUCUCAGAAUGAGUAAAUGAAUUUAUUUUCCCUUUUUAUUUGAAUUUUACUCAUUUCUAACAAUUGAGCUGUAAUUUGACAUUACACAUCCAUGAAAGUGCAAUAUGUUUAUUUAAUUUUUUUUUUUUGAAAAGCUUAUAUUUUGCCAAAAAAAAAAGGGUUGUAUCAUGAUAAGAAAUAAUCUUAUUUUCAUUGCUUUUUUUUCCUUUAAUUGUCAGAAUGCCAUAUUUAUUUUAACAGACUAAUUUAAAGAGAAGGUGUUCAUUGACAGCAGGCAUUGUGGUUAAGAAAGCAGUUCUAGCUCUGUUAGGGUGAAGUAACAAAUGUCUUAUAAAAACAUUUUUUUGAAAAUCAGAAGGCAGAUUAUUUCAUUGUACAUGCCUAGACCAUUCUAGCUUGAAUUUCUUCUUUACUCUAUACUUUGCUUCCAUUGUACCGCUGAGAUUCUAACACGCAGUUCACGCCGUUGCAUGCUAAUGAGACUGGAUCGAGACGGUCUUGCGGGACAGUGGGAUUAUAUUCAGGUUGCGGUCGGGGGGAAUGUGGCUCCGGGAUGAAGGAGAGAUGCCUUUUUAAGUCUUUAACAGUACUGCUGUUUACCUCAAAAAGAUGAGGACAGGGGAGGGAGGGAGGGAGGGAGUGGGGGGGACGCCAUCCUUGUCUUAACUUUGUUGUGUGGGCGAUAAUCUGACUGUUGUCAUCACCCGAGUCACGCUUUUAACUUGCCUCAUUGUAGCUGCUUGUCGUCUUUGUUGCAGGUACGGCAUGAGUUUCUUUGAUUUUCAAAGUGGUUAUUUAUAUGGUGGACAUUCACUGUCGCCACUACCAAGAUUGAUUAUUUAUUCAUUGUACAACUGAUGUGUUUUGUGGACAUUGGUCACCAUGAAAAGGGCUUUGAUACGUCUCGGUUUUCUUUGCUGCAUUUCUCUCUUUCUUUUCUCGAAGGUCACUUUGAGCAUAGUGUCUCUUAUAAAAAACGAGCAGCACAUAACAUUUAAAGAGUUCUUCAACCAGUUUGAAGUCUGCAAACUGUCAACGUGAACUACUGCUAAUCGAACUACUGAAAACUUAACUACUGAAAAUUCAUCCAAAAUGUGGUGUAGACAAAACAGUGAAGACGGAAGUUAUGGAGGGUUCACCUGAACAGCCUGUUUAAGGGAUAUUUUUUGAGAUGCAACAUUGCAUGUUGGAGACAUUUAUAUAUAUAUAGAUUAUUAUAUACUAUUUGUAAGGAUUUUUACAGAGCACAAUCCAGAAUCUGGUAUGACUUGGUAUUUUUCUAACAAUUUGCACACCUGUAUUUUGACAAUGGGUAUAACUUGUUUGUAAUUGGUAAUGUAAUGCACAUAUGAUAAUGUUUGACAGUGGAAAAAAAAAGACUUAUUUUAUUUCUAAUUGGUUGUACUGUAUGUACCAUUUGGGGAUGUGAAAGGCAGAUGUAUUUGUUUGAGUAUUUUAGGAAAUAAGAAGAAACUGUGGGAGACUUUUGAUAUCUCAAGGUUAAUGUGACCCCACUGAUUUGUGCAAAGUCUUUGGAGAUGAAGUUAUGUGUAUAACAAUAAAGAUGUUAUGCCUUGGUAAACAA